GGCGCGCGCGACAAGCACGGCACUUGAUCGAAGAGACGCUCGUCGGUCGAGUGUGAGGGAGUUGCGAGAGAGUGCCGGCGAGAGAGUGCUCAUACUGAGGAUUAAUAACGUACCGAGGAAAAGAAGAGAGAAUAAAGGAGUCGUAGGCCGUCGGUUCUAACCCCCACAAUAACAUCUAUUCCAUGAAAGGAAAUAACUAAACAUACCUAUCUGUCUUACCUAUUUACGUCAGUGUGUCGCGUACUUACGAAGGGUGUAUUUUCUUUUUUUUUUUUUUAUUAAAAACAAAAAGUGAUUAAAAAAAGACUCUUUGGUUAUCUCAGUGAUUAUAUAUAUAUAUAUAUAUAUAUAUCGAUCAAGAAUAAUCAUUGAUACAAACGAAAAAGGGUGUAAGGAUAUUAAUCCCCUCCUCUCUCUCUCUUUCUCUCUCUCUCUCUCUUUUUUUCUCUCUCUAAGAUGUCACUUACGGAUAUUGAACAUUUUUUACGGUUAAAUCGUCUUUCGUAUUGAUACAAGUGUUAAUAAUAGAUUAAUAAGGGUCAAUCAACUAAUUACGUUUAAUCGUUAACGAGACAAAAUAGAACGUUUAUUAAAGAUUUGUGAAUAAAAUAAAGAUAGACAAAUAAAGUUUUAUGAUGGAGGAGGAGAAGAGAAGCGAGACCUCGCCAAAACCUUCUCAACCGACGCCGUUCAGCAUCGCCGAUAUCCUCAGUCGUAGAACGUCUCAUGGUGAACACGAGAAACGUUCGAUUAUUGAAACCGACGAGAUCCAAACCACAGGUGUUUGCGAUUCAAUAAAGAGAAUCACGUUUGAACGUGAUAUCAACGGAGGACGUGAAAUCGAACGUGAACGUUUGCUUGUUACUGGAUUUCCAAGAUUACCAUCGCCUGACACUAACAUGGCACGAGAAUUGGAUAUACUAAGAAGAAAUCUAGCGCACGCGAACCUCUCGAGUUUUGGUGGCUUGCCGCACUUAGGCCAGACAUCCUUCAAGCAUCUCGAAACAUUGGGUAGCCUUCCGGCUUAUCAAGCAAGCAAAGAGUCCAGGGAAUCGUCCCAGAGGCAACAGGACGAGGCACUGGAUAUGAGUAAAAACAAGUACCUCGAUGAAAUGGAAGAAGACAUAUUCGAGUCACAAAAUCACGGACAAAGCUUGCAAAGCAGAAAAAAACGUAGUAGGGCAGCCUUCUCUCAUGCUCAGGUCUACGAAUUGGAAAGAAGAUUCGCAGCUCAGAAGUAUUUGUCCGGGCCUGAACGUGCUGACUUAGCACGAGGAUUGAAACUGACCGAGACCCAAGUUAAAAUAUGGUUUCAAAACCGACGAUACAAAACCAAAAGACGUCAGCAACAGGAAUUAGGGGCAAUGGUGAAUUCCGGAAACGCGAGACGCGUAGCCGUACGCGUUUUGGUACAUCCCGACGAACAUUUGAGAGGAUUACCUCUUCGUGGUUCCGGACAACUUCCCGGACAAAUGUCGAGCCCGCAGAUUCAUCCGGCUAACAAAGCCCUCGGUGGUUUCCCUUACUAUUGUCUGCCCUAUCAUCCCUUGCUUUGUCCGCCUUUACACUCAACCCACAUUCAGGUACAAAACGCAAUCACGUCCGAUCUCGAUCAGGGACAAAUAGUCAAAUUGAAUAACGACAAGUAAAAUGAAAAUACACAUCUAUAAAUCGAAAAUCAUUUAUUUCUAAGAAGAAACAUCUUCGAUUGACAUUUUUACCUUCGAUGGGACGUCUUGUGUCGAAUUUUUAUUGAAAAAAAAAAAAUAAUAAUAAUGGAGAGAGAUAGAGAGAGAGAGAAACACAAAAACGACUCAUCCUUUUAGAUUUAUUAGCGUGUGAACAGUUUCUAAGCGCCGGCGAUUGUUCAUCGUCGGACAUUCUAUACAUAAUAAUAAAUAAAUAAAUAUAUAUAUAUAUAUUUAUUUAUUAUAAGUAUUAUAGAUACAACAUAGGUGCGAGCGUGUAAAUUAGUGUAAAUAAGUGUAUAAAAAAAUGGUUUGACGAAAUCGUGGAACAAAAUGUUCGAUCGACGAAAUAUUUAUUUACCACCAUUUAACUUCAAUCUAUUACGUUGAUUAUAUCAAAGACGGCGUAUGUGCAAUAUAAAGAGAAAGAGAGAAAGAGAUACUUGCAUAGUCGAUUGAAUUUCGUUGCUAAA